AUGUCGCUAGAUCAUGAGGAGUCCAUGAUAGAUAGGAUCUCGGUGGGUGCUGACGAGGGCAAAGAUUUGAAUCUAUCCAAUGAAGAGAAGGAGCUUCAAAAGCUUAUGGCUUCAAAACAGCAGAUGAUGAUGGACCAAAGCAAAAGCUACCUCGAGGAACUCUUUAAAGAAAACUCGACAAUCCCAGUCAAAUUACGCAAUGUCCAGGUGACAAACUCCCAAUACUUUAGAGACUCGUUUUUGCAAACUCAGCUUAGUCCGCUUCUCAGAGGGAACGUGAUGAGCUUAGCCGACUUUCUAAACAGUUUGGAACAAGUGCAUACUCUGUUUAUGAAACACGAUAUACUAGAGCAAUCUAUGAUAGGUUUACAUCAGCUCCCGAAAAAGAUGUGGAAUAAUAAAUCCCCGCUUACAAUCGAUAUGGUCCCUGUUUUCAACGUUGUUCCUCAGAAGCGCUUCUUUACAAAGACGGGAACAAAUAUUGGCAAUGGAGAAGGUGAUGGUUACAUCCAAUUCAGACUCAAGAAUAUCUUUGGUGGUGCUGAAACACUCGUCUUCGAUGCUGUCACUGGUACUAAAACACCAUCGUCAUAUCUUCUCAACUACUCGCAACCGGUUUUCAAUCGCGCUGACUAUCUUUGGGAUACCCUGGCAUUCAUAAACACGAGAAAGCUAGAAUGGAUUCAAAGUAGCGUUCAAACCAAGGGUAUAGUGACACGCAUCAAUACGCGAUAUGACUCGAACUUGAAUCUUGAUGUUGCUUGGGAGAACUCCUGGAGAGCACUCAGUAACCACGGGUCUCGUUCUCUCGAGGUUCUUACUCAGCUGAAGGACACUUUUAAAUCAUCAGUUACUAUGGGUGCCUCUUAUGACUCUCGAGACAAUAGAAUUGGUCCUACGAGAGGCAAUCUAGCAAGACUAGGCGUGGAAUACAGUGGCCUUUUCGGAUUCAACAAUGUGAAGUUCACCAAAUUCCAAUGGGAAGGACAACUGGCGCUAGGCCUAGGUCAAAAUCACUCACUCAUUUUUUCUAACAAGGCUGGUUUACUCCUCAACGGUGACAAACUGAAGACGAAUAUCCUCGAUCGUUUCCACAUUGGAGGCCCCAACGACGUUCGCUCCUUCUCACUUAACGGUCUCGGUCCAAAGGACCAAAAUUCAUCAGUGGGCGGAGAUUGCUUCUUCAACGGUGGCAUCUCUUUACUCAGCCAUAUACCCAAAACUCCAAAGGACACUAACUUCAAGAUCAUCAACUACAUAAACUUUGGUAAGUUGGCCUCGAUCAACUCUUCCAAUACCACCAAGGAUAUUGUCAAGCUCUUCUCGACUGGCUAUUCCCUUAGCGCUGGGUUUGGUAUACUCUACAACCAUCCGAUGGCCCGCUUUGAGCUAAACUUUGGAUUGCCCAUAUUUGCCCACGCGAACGACCAGGUCCGUAAAGGCAUCCAGUACGGUGUUGGCGUAUCAUUCUUGUAA